UUCUCCUUCCUAAAGUGCAACAAUUCUUCGAUCAGAGACUGAUCGUUGAUCGUGCGGGUGCGGUGAACGACAACGGCUGACGCGAAGGCGAACACCGUGGAAGCGUUGACCCCGCCCCUACCGAGGGCGGGGACGAGGGCAUAUUGAUCGGUGUGGAGCCCUUCACUGUCGCCUGUGUCGUCAUUCUGGAAAGUCGGGUGCUGAGCAUUCACACCGUUUAUCGCUGUAAUCACGUCCGGAACCACACGUAUGGCUGACGAUCUUUCAACGGCCUCGUUGCCGCAGUACUCUGUACCUGGACCACAGAUUGCAAGUGGUUCCAAAUACCAACAGCUACUUGCUCUAAUUGAAGAACUUGGCAAGGAUAUCCGACCCACUUAUACUGGAAAUAAAAUCUGUGCCGAACGUUUGAAAAGAUCUAUAGCCCAUUCAAGGAUUCUUGUCAGAGAGUGCCUGAUAGAGGCUGAGAAAGACCGUCAGAAGGCUGCUGCUGACGCUGCAGUAAAGAAUCACUGUAUAAUUAUGCCAGCCUCUAUAAAAUUACCCGAAAGACCUGCAUUUGCUCGUUCUACAAAAUCUGAAGUGCUUGUAUCCACAUAUCAAUUAGAGAGCGCAGAAUCACGUGUUGGUUUCAUCUAUAUUUUGUCUCCUGGUCUUGAAGUUCUGCAAUGCAUCAAAGCCCCGGCUGGAGUAUUCCGAUUUGAUUUUCUGAAGCCGAAAGUCAUAAUAGCAGCAGUGACUGAUGGAUCGUUAUUCAUCACUACUUAUGGAGAGAAGCCAACGUCCGAGUCAAUCCCUGUAUCUGAGAACAUGCUUCUCGAUGUCUCAUCUCCUUCUUCCACUAGAAAUGUAGCCUGUACCGACAAAGUUGGAAAUGCUCAUAUUGUUGAUGUUGACACUGGAACCGUUGUUGCUACUUGGAUUGCUCAUUCAUUACCGUAUACCAGUGAAGGAUGUGAGGUGUGGACCUGCAGUCUGAAUAAUGUAUCACUUUGCACGGGUGGUGAAGAUGCUACGCUCAAAGUUUGGGAUACUCGAUCAAAAACUACGGUUAAUCGAGUCACUGGGUUUGAUGCUGGUGUUACAUUUAGCAGUUGGCAAGGGGAGAAUACCAUCCUGACGGGCAGCUAUGACCAACAUAUACGCUUAUUCGAUUUGAGGCAAACUAAGGAGCCUUUGCAGAUCAAGGAGACAGCUGGAGGUGUUUGGCAUAUAGAGGAUGUUCAAGCACAUGGAAAUCCUUGUCACGUAGCUGCUUGCAUGUAUGGAGGAUGGGCAAUCCUUGAUGAAAAAUAUAACAUAACUCAAUCAGAUGAGAAAGCUGGGAAGGAACUUUUGUACGGUGUGACAAUGGCUAGCGAAAAUUUGCUAGUUUAUACAACUUUCAACGAUUAUAAGGUCACUGCCAGUACCAUCUGAUAUUUCUCGUUGUCUUUGAAUCACGUUUUCGUCCUUUUAUUCUUUAUUAUUUUCGUCUUUGUAUAAAUUAUAAAUCACAGAUAUACAGCCAAAUUCAGGCUUUGCUGAUUUUACAAUGAUUUUGAUAUGUACAAACAAUAUUAUAAUACCAUGGAAGCAUUUCCAACAUGAG